UUUUCUAUGCGACACGUGAAGUAAAGUACGACUAACCUAUAAAAUAAAAUAAUUUAAAUUAAAUUAAUUUGUUAUAAACUCUCUACUGCUACACAGUUCUUGUUAUCUAUAAUCUGUAAUGUAAACUAAGUGUGAGUUUUCGUAGAGAAUUUUUACUUUUUGGGUGUAAAAUUAUUAUUGAAAUACAUAAAAUAAAGUCUAAUCAAAAAUGGAAGUAAAACAAGAAAAUAGCGAGGAAGCCCUGGCACCCUGUAAAGUAGAAAUAGAAUAUAAUAAUUUGGAUGAUGCUCUUUUUCUUUUGGAUGGCUUUAAAUGUGAAAUUAAGAAAGAAUCAACUGGCAAAAGUACACACUACACAUAUGACUAUUUAGACUUAAAGGAACAUCCUGUAAGUCCUAAAAUAGAACAACAUGAUAAUAAACUUGAUCCAUUUGAAGAAAACCAAAACACUGAGAAAGGAUAUCUCCGAAAGGAAAACAAAAUGGAAAUUACGGAGACACCAAUUGGACCUUCAUCUUACGAAGGAAGUUAUAUGAGUCCACAUGCUGCAGGAAAAUCAUUAAAUGAGAAUAUGAAAGUUACAACCGGUCAAGGACCUUACAAGUGCGAAAUUUGUUGUAAACAAUUUACUACAGGAGGUUAUUUGAAAACACAUUUGAGAUUGCACACUGGAGAAACACCUUAUCAGUGUGAAAUUUGUUUAAAGCAGUUUCUUACAGCUAGUAAUUUGAAAGUACAUUUGAGAGUGCACACUGGAGAAAAACCUCACAAGUGUGAAAUUUGUUUUAAACAAUUUAGAGAAGCAGGUACUUUAAAAAAACAUUUGAGAUUGCACACUGGAGAAACAGCUUAUCAGUGUGAAAUUUGUUUUAAGCAGUUUAGUCAAGCGGGUACUUUAAAAAUACAUUUGAGAUUACACACUGGUGAAAAACCUCACAAGUGUGAAAUUUGUUUUAAGCGAUUUGUUCAAGCAGGUGAUAUGAAAAAACAUUUGAGAGUGCACACUGGAGAAAAGCCUUACAAGUGUGAAAUUUGUUUUAAACAAUUUAGUGAAGCAGGUACUUUAAAAAAACAUUUGAGAGUGCACACUGGAGAAAAACCUCACAAGUGUGAAAUUUGUUUUCAGCAGUUUAGUCAAGCAGUUUUUUUGAAAAGACAUUUGAGUGUGCACACUGGAGAGAAACCUCACAAGUGUGAAAUCUGUUUUAAGCAGUUUAGUCAAGCAUUUUUUUUAAAAACACAUUUAAGAGUGCACACUGGUGAAAAACCUCACAAGUGUGAAAUCUGUUUUAAGCAGUUUAGUGAAGCAGGUAAUUUGAAAAAACAUUUGAGAGUGCACACUGGAGAAAAAUCUCACAAGUGUGAAAUUUGUUUUAAACAAUUUAGUAAAGCAGGUACUUUAAAAAGACAUUUGAGAUCACACACUGUAGAAAAGCCCUCCUAAGUGUGAAAUUUGUUCGACACAGUUUUUCCAGAAAAUAUAUUUGGAAACUCAUUUGAUGAUGCACACUGAAAAAAAAACUCUACAAAUAUGAAAUUUCUUUUAAGCAGUUUUCUGAUAAUAUUACAUUGAAAUGACAUUUGAAAGUACGGUGUGCGGUAAAAUAAACAGUACUGAAAUUCUUCUUCUGCGGAACUACAGCCCAAAUUGAGCCUGGCCUCCUUUAUUUUUUGCCUCCACCCUUUAUGGACCUGGUCCGUAAGAUAUGGGUGAUACAAUAGACCCGCCGUAGGAGGUCUAAGUGUCUGAAGGGCUCACGAGUGGGCUUUGCCCAGAUAUACCAUAACCAAGCCUCCACCCUUGCUUGUCUGUGGCUGCUCUUAUCCAUACACGGGCUCCUAAAAGGGCUUUUGGCUUUUUAUUGCCUUUCCAACCGGUCUCUUUCUCUCCAUUCAGUUUUUUUUUUGGUAGCCUAUCCUCUCCCAUUCUUAUCACAUGUCCGGCCCAUUGCAAUCUUUGUAUUCUAAUGAAGGCUAACAGGGGUGUUUUCUUAUAAAGUUGAUAAAGCUCGUUGUUGUAUCGACUUCUGAAGAUUCCGUUUUCCCUCAUAGGUCCUAGUAUUCUCAGUACUUUCCUUUCGAAUGUGUAGAGUUUGUUUUUGGAUGUGUCUUUCAGGAGCCAUAGACUUCACUGCCUUAGCAUGCUAUUGGUCGAAUUAAGGUUUUAUAGAUUCUCAUCUUUGUAUUUCGGUGGACACUUUUAGACCGAAAUAUGUGGGAGAGGCCAAAAUAGCUCUGUUUGCAUGUGUUAUUUUCUUCCGUAUUUCUCCAUCUUCUGAUCCGUCGGCAUAUAUUUCUACUCCCAGGUAUAUAAACUUUCCAACCGUUUCAAUGUCAUAUUCAUGUAUAAUGUUUUGUGGGACUAUAUUUCUUCUCGUCUCUGUCAUUAUUUUUGUUUUCUCUGUGUUAAUUUCCAGACCUAGCCUUUGUGUUUGCGUUUUUAACCCUGCGUAUGUUUCCUGUACUCCUGUUGAUGUUCUACUCAUCAUAUUAAUAUCAUGGGCAUAAGCGGCCAGUUGAACCGUUCGGUUGGUUAGUAGGUUUCCUCGUCCAGUUUGCAUUAACUAACCGCAUACUCCAGUGCCAGGAACAAUGUUGGGGCCAGCCCAUUUCCCUGCUUUAGUCCCUGCGAAAUUUUGAAAAAGUCUGUCCGGUGGUUUUGUAUUCGUACACAUGCUUAAGUUUCAUCCAUUGUGGCUUUAAUGAGUCUAUUUAGCUUGUGUGGUAUUGCCAAUUCAGCCAAUAUAUAGUUUGUUCCUUUUGACUGUGUCGUAUGCCUGUUUGAAGUCUACAAACACGUUGUGAACAUCAAUGUCAUGUUGCCAUGAUUUGCUCAAGAUCUGCUUGACUGUAAAUAUUUGAUCCAAUGUCGAUCUUCCCCGUCGGAUACUCUCCAAUAUUUUCUGCUAGUGGUUGGAGCCGCUGGUUUAUAAUAUAUGUGAGGACUUUAUAUGCUGUACAUAGUAGAGAAAUUCCACGCUAGUUUUUGCACUGCAGUUCGUCUCCUUUUCUAGAGGGCAUACUAACUUUUCUUCCAGUCGUCGGGUAUUUUCUCUUCCUGCCAUAUGUCUUUGAUGAGCGAGUGGAUAUGACUUGCUAGGUGGUCGCCACUUGUCUUAUACAGUUUUGCUUGUAUUUCGUCAACUGCCGAGGCUUUAUUGUUUUUCUGGGUCUAAAUAGCUUCGAAAACUUCCUUUAUGGUUGGAGCUUCUACUCCAUUCUCUUCUACGUCUCUUCUUUCUUCUUUAGACCAUUUCUAUCCAACUUUGGACAUAGGCCUUCCCCAAAUCUUUCCAUGUCCGUCUGUCCCUGGCUGCGCUUUUCCAGUUAGUUCCUGCAGCUUUAACAAUAUCGUCCUUCCGUCGCAUCUGAGGUCUUCCUCUUUUUCCUGUCCACGGUCUCCAGUUUUGUAUUUCAGCAUUCCAUCUUUUAUCUUCCUGUCUCGCAUUGUGGCCCGCAAAUCCCCAUUUUAACCCUGUUAUAUGUUCAGUUAUAUUUUUUACUUUUGUUUUCUCUCUUUAGUCCUGUCGCCAGGGGGGGUACAACGGCCUCGUUAAUUCAGAUGGACUUACCCAAGUUUUUUUUAUGUAUUUUGACCCGUA